AUGGCAGAACGACGGGCAGACCGUGGAGGAGUGGCGCGGGUCGGGGUGUUGGGGGCCAGGCCACACAAAGCCCGGGGCCCCCGCAGCCCGACCCGGCCGGGGGGAACAAAGGCGAUGGCACCUGCAGCGGCCGGGGCGACAACGGCGACGGGGCCCGGGGCCAGGGGGGCGGUCGCGUACCUGGGUCUCCGCGGCUUCCUCCGCGGCUCCGUCCGCCGCGACCAAGAUGCCCCGAUGCGGCGACCAAGAUGGUCACCGCGGCGGCGGCAGGCCACAACUGCUUCCGGAUCAGGCAGCCGGCCUGCACGAUGGCGGCGGGAAGACCGGCGGGCGGCGGCGCGGCCUCCAGCAGAAGCGGGACCGGCACCGGGUCGGGGGCCUGGGAGGCCGAGUCACCGCGCGUCCUUUGUGCAGGCGGGGCCGGCGCGGCCGCAGCGACUGGAAGGCCUAGCGCGGACCCCGCUGGUUGCCAUGGAGACCGGCCGCUCUAGAGCGCGCGGUUUCGGCCGAGGCCCCGCCCCGGAAGUGGUGCCCCUGGCCGCGCCCCCACGCAGCGCAACCCCGCCUCCCCAAGCAAUUUCUUCAGCAGCUAAUAGGUGA